AUGGGCACUGCAGCUAUAGACAGCCAAGACCGGCAAGAUGGUCGUCCGUCAGCUUUCUCGUCCGAGGCACUGUCGAGCCAGAGACUUGCGACUGCGCUUUGCGAGCUAAGCAUCAACUCGGAGCAGUUGUCAGCCGGCAAGAUGGCCGCUCUCGCCUCUCCAUGCUUCUUCCACAAGAAGUUCGACAAGGCGGUAAAUAUCGACAAGGUGCUAGAUGAGAUAGCAGAGGAUGAGAUCAUAUCGCAUUCAAGACUGCUGCAGACGGCGACCAGUGUGCGCGAAAUCUCCAAGCAACUGCAGCGGCGACCGGUCAAGAUGACGGUACGGAAUGUCAUGAUCGUCACAAAGGCCCGAGAUAACGAGCUCGUCUAUCGCACCCGGGAGUUGGCCGAAUGGCUUCUCUGCACGCCCCGAUACGGAUCAGACGUCGGCGUCAACGUCUACGUCGACCACAAAUUGCGCCGGUCGGCGCGCUUCGAUAUGCAGUCUCUGCUCGCCAAGGAUUCUCGGUUUAAAGACAUGCUCCGCUUCUGGACGCCAGACCUGUGCUGGACUUCUCCCGAGAAGUUUGAUCUCGUCUUGACGCUGGGUGGGGACGGAACCGUGUUGUUCACGAGCUGGCUGUUCCAGCGCAUCGUACCGCCUGUUCUCUCCUUCUCCCUGGGAAGCCUUGGAUUCCUCACCAAUUUCGAGUUCCCCCGGUACAAGGAUUCACUGGACAAGAUCAUGGGCGAUGUGGGCAUGCGCGUCAAUCUCCGGAUGCGCUUCACCUGCACCGUGUAUCGGUACCAGAAGCACGCCGGCCCCGGCACCCCCGAGCACAUUGAAGCAGAGCAAUUUGAGGUCCUCAACGAACUCGUCAUCGACCGCGGACCGUCGCCCUAUGUGUCCAAUCUCGAGCUGUAUGGCGACAACAAUCUCCUGACUGUCGUCCAGGCGGAUGGCUGCAUCUUCUCCACACCCACAGGUUCCACCGCAUACUCCCUUUCGGCCGGCGGCUCCCUCGUCCACCCUGACAUCCCUGCCAUUCUCCUCACCCCCAUCUGCCCACAUACCCUGAGUUUCCGCCCCAUGCUCCUCACCGACAGCAUGCUCCUCCGUGUGGCCGUCCCGCGCAACUCGCGCGCCACCGCCUACUGCGCAUUCGACGGCAAGGGCCGCGUCGAGCUCCGCCAAGGCGACCACGUCACCAUCGCCGCCUCGCAAUAUCCCUUCAUGUCCGUGCUGUCGCAGCCGACGGAAUGGUUCGACUCCAUCUCGCGCACGUUGCGAUGGAACAACCGAGGCGCGCAGCAGAAGGCGUGGGACGGCGACGCGAAGGAGGGCGAGGACGAGGACGAUGGCGGCUUCGACAUUGACUUUGACAACGAGGAUGUCGAUUCGGGGUACUCGGCCGAGAGCUCUACGUCGGGCGGGCAUAGCCCCAUUCGGAAGGGCGUUGUGCUUCCCAUUCCUUGA